CCUCUCCCUCUCCCCUCCGCCGCGUGCGCCCGCCCGCCGGCCACGCUGCUGGGCUCUGCUUACACUCCACGCCAAGGCCUCCGCUACUAGCGCUCUCGCUUCACGAAACCCCAUUUGCUAUUGCUCCCUCGCCGCCGCGCCGUCUCCGUCCCGCUUCCCGCCCAAAACCCUAGGCUCCUCCGACCACCGGUGGGGGGCCAUGGCGCCGCCGCGGGAGCUGGACCUCUCCGACGAGGUCGAGGGCGAGGAGGACGGCACCACCGACUUCGUCUUCCGCCUCGCCGGCGACCCCAUCCCCCUCCUCCCUACCACCUCCUCGCCGCUCCCGCUCUUCGACCUCCAGUCGCCUCCCUCGCGCCCGCUCGCCGUCUCCAACCGCCGGGCCGCGGUCUUCCUUGCCCACCCCAACGGGUUUAUGGCUGCGACGACCAAGGCGUUGAUCGAGGCCAGCAAGGAGGCGCGCGAGAAGGGCAAGUCGACCACCCGCUGCGCACGGGACUGCUGCGUCGCGGACAUCCCUCUCCCCGGGGUCUCUCUCCUCGAACUCUCCCGUGAUGAAUCGGUGCUUGCUGCCUGCGCAGGCAGUGUGAUCCACUUCUUCUCGGCUUCUUCCCUGCUCACAGACAAGGAUGUGGAACCACUGUCAUCAUGUACCUUGGAAGGAUCCAGCACUGUGAAAGAUUUCAAGUGGCUAAAUCAUGCUUCCAAAGCCUUUAUUGUACUCUCGAAAGACGGGUUGCUGUCUCAAGGAAGUCUGGGGGAAGGUCUGAAGGACAUAAUGGAAAAUGUUGAUGCUGUUGACUGCUGCAAGGAAGGGACUCACAUUGUUCUUUCAAAAAAGAAUACACUUAACAUAUUAUCAUCAGAUUUUAAGGAAAUAUGUUGCAUGCCCCUCUUGUUCCAGCUAUGGUCUGAUGAUAGUGAUUCAGAUGAUGCUAGCAUCAAAGUGGAUUCGAUUGGGUGGGUGCGCGAUGACAGUAUUGUUGUUGGUUCUGUAAGAUUGAAUGAAGAAGGCAAUGAAGAGGGUUAUCUUGUCCAAGUAAUAAGAAGCGGCGGAAAUACAUUUUUUGAGAAUUCAAGCAAGUCAGUUGUUUUCACCUAUGUGGAUUUUUUCCGAGGCAUCAUGGAUGAUGUUUUACCAUCUGGAGUUGGACCUAAUCUGCUGCUGGGCUAUUUGCAUCGCUGGGAUCUAAUGGUGACUUCCAACAAAAAGAGCAUUGAUGAACACAUUUCUCUCUUGAAGUGGUCAUCUGCAACUGAUGACAAAAAAACUGUAGUAUAUCUUGAGAUGUUGGAGGAUAAAUAUAGUCCUAGGAUUGACCUACAAGAGAAUGGUGAUGACAAUGUCAUAUUGGGGUUUGGUGUCGAGAAUGUGUCAUUAUUUCAGAAGAUCACAGUAACAGUUGGUCCUGAACAAAAGGAGGUUGCUCCUCAACAUAUUCUACUUUAUCUGACUGGUGAAGGGAAACUGAAUAUAUAUUAUCUUGCCAGGAUUUCUGAUCCUUCUGAAUUACCUCAAACAAAGCUAUCUGCUAUUGAAGAUAGCGAUGUGAUGAAAGAAAUUUCACCUGUAACUGUAUCUGGAAAAGAGUUUACUCCAAGUGCUACCAGCUCAUUGGACAAGAGUAUUCGCCCAGAUGGGGCUGAGCUUUCUAGUGUACAACCAGAUAGAGACCUGCAUGGAUCAACAGAUAUGAAAAACAGUUCUCCAGUUUCAAAAGCCAAGGAAAUAGUGGCUUCCUCACCUGCACCUGCCUCUUUCUUAGCACCAGCAAGCAACUUGAAACCUGGAAUAUCUUUCAGCUUUUCUACUGCUAAUAGCGUCAGUUUGAGUCCAGCUGGAAGCAACACAUCUAGUGAAUUAGGUUCUUCCUGGCAACAAAGCAGCAGUAGCAAUUUCGUAAAUAACCAACUUGGUAAAGGAAGCAUACCUUCCACUCAGCCGGUGGGAGCAUUUGGAGGAUCUCAGAACUCAAAGAAAGAUGGUAACCUUAGCUUUAAUAAAUCAUCAGUGUUCACUUCUGAUGGAUCUACCCUGGUUAAGCCUGGAGAAAGGAAUGAACCUGGUUUUGGAAGUCACCCGCUGCAAAGCAGCUACACUACCGAUAAGAAAGUUCCUAGUUCAGUUGGCUUAAGUUCCAAGUCAUCACCAUCAAUUUCUCCAAUAAAACCUUCCUCAGCUGGACCUUCAUCCACUGGCUUUCGCACAGGAAAUCUUGAGGCAUUUCCUACCUCCCGUGGAUCACCUCUACCACAGGAAAGCAUUGACAAACCACAUGACAGAACACAUGCAGUAGUGGACCAUUCUAAAAAUUUCAAGUUAGGCGCAAUGUUCGAUACUGAACAGGACCUGUCUAAAAAAUUUUACAGUAUUAAUGAUAUGACCAAGGAGUUAGAUACACUCCUAUCAUACAUAGAGAAGGAUGGUGGUUUCAGAGAUGCUUGCAUAACCUUCCAGGAACGGCCUCUUUCUAUGUUUGAGGGUGAUUUGCAAAAUUUUCUGGAACUGUUGCAGAUCUUCAAGAACAAGAUAGCAGAACAGUGUUCAAGAGUUGAAGACCUGCGGAAUAAGAUGUUUCAAGUCUCUGCUAGGCAAGCUUACAUGAAAGGAAUCGUCGACCAAUCUUCAGAUACCCAAUACUGGGAUAUAUGGAACCGUCAGAAAUUGAGUCCAGAAUUCGAAGCGAAGAGGCAGAAUAUUCUCAAGGCUAACCAGAAUUUGACAAACCAGCUGGUAGAGCUGGAGAGGCAUUUCAAUAAUCUGGAGAUGAACAAAUUUGGAGAAACAGGAAGAGUUGCUUCUAGUCGCAGAGCUAUUUAUUCUAGUAAGGCACGAUCCAGUCAGACACAAAUAUCCAGUGUUUACAAUGCGCUUAAUUCACAAUUAGCAGCAGCUGAACAACUGUCAGACUGCCUCUCAAAACAAAUAUCUGCACUAAAUAUAAGUUCUCCUUCUACAAAGCGAGGGUCAGUGGCCAAAGAGUUGUUUGAAUCGAUUGGUCUAGAUCACACGAUGGAUGCAGCCAAAUUUUCAGGUGGUACUCCUUCCAAGUCAGUUAAGAGAUAUCCAUCAACGAGAGAACACAUAACUAGCAUAUCAGGGCCUUCCAAGACUGCUGAGCCUGAGACUGCAAGGAGGAGGAGAGAGUCACUGGAUAGGAGCCUGGCUAGUUUGGAGCCUCAGAAAACUACUGUUAAAAGAAUAGCGCAACAACAGCGCCUCAAGAUCAGCAGUGACCUGCCAUUCAGGUCAAAUAAGAAAAUAUUUGAUUCUCAGAUGGCAGCUAUGUCCCAGGAGAAGUCCAGCAGUAGCCCCACUUCCUCCAUAGUAGAAUCAUAUGCAAACAAGCUGCAUUAUCCAAGUGAAGUGCUGCACGAGAAAACAAAGCCGUCAGGACCCCAGCACAACACACUGUUCAAAUGGGUAAAGGAAUCGGCUGGACCAUCUCAAGGCCCUCAGCAUAAGUAUCCUGAAUUACCAGGGCAGCUGAAAAGUUCUGACCAGACACCAAAGUUGGGCUCAUCUUCACCGUUGUCAUUCAGUUAUUCACAUAAGGAUGUCUGGGAUAAUAUCAGCUCAUCCAAUGUUCCAUCCUCUGGAACAACUCAUACCAUGCCAAAGUCAAGUACUUUGACAUUUAAAACCACUGUCAUUCCAAAAACUAAUACCAGUACACUCCCAGAUUUGUCGCCUUUGAUGACGGGCUCAAAAUUCUCUCUGAGUCCAUUGACCGUGAAAACUUUAUCUGGGGAUUCUGGAGGUGCGUCAUCCAUUAUUACAAAGAACAAACAAGGUGGACAGGCAAUGCCAUAUUUGGGAACCACAAAAGGACUGGAUGUUUCUCCACAGAAUAUGGGUGGUGCAUUUAGAGAUCUUAACAAACCGUCUUUGUCUCCUGAACCUCCCAAGUCUGCUCUGUUACAAGGGAAGACUGUGCAACUUGGUAAGAUUACUGAAACAGUGCAGAGCCCAGUGAAAGCUAAACCUGAGGUGGCAUUCCAACCUCCUGCAUUUCCACCAACACCUGUUGCACAAUCUUCUCCAUGCUCUAUUAAGCCAACUGUUCCCUCUUCAGCUACAUCAUCCUCGUCAACUAUGCAAGAAUCAGCUGCAAAAACAUCAGAUGUUUUGUCUCCAACAGGUCCUUCCAUUCUUCCAUCAAAGGAAUCAAUGACAAAACCUUCAUCACCAUUACCUGAUGGUACCAUAUCUAGUUCCCUACUAUCUAUUCCAAUGCCUGUUAAGGAGUCAUCAACUGGCUUGAAUAAAAUUGUAUCUAAGCCUGAAGUGGUUACAUCAGAGGUAACUGGAACAACCGUUUCUGCAAGUACUAGCUCAAGCGUACCAAUCACUGAAGGCAAACCUUCAUCGAUUCCAGCAACCAGUGGAAGCUUACCUUCAAUUCCUGUCUCUGCACCUAAAGUGGUGCCAGUGUCUGCAGAAUCUGUUGUUGUCACUUCCACCGGAAAAGAUGUAGGACCGAGCAAUCCCUCAUCAGAUGAAGAUGAUAUGGAAGAGGAAGUUCCUUCUGCAAGUUCGGAUCUCAACUUGGGAGCCCUUGGUGGGUUUGGUCUUGGGUCUGUGCCUUCUUCAAGUCCCCCAAAAUCCAAUCCCUUUGGGAACUCAUUUACUACCUCUGACAAUAAGAGUUCAGGUUCGUCAUUUACCCUGACAACCAGUCCAGGACAGCUUUUCCGUCCGGCGUCACUGAGUAUUCCCUCAUCUCAGCCAGCACAGUCAUCUCAAUCAACUAGCUCAAGUACAUUUUCUAGUGCAUUCUCAAGUGGGCUUAGUGGAUUCGGACAGUCUGCACAGAUUGGAUCAGCGCAGCAGUCAGGGUUUGGGCAGCCUUCACAAAUUGGAGCUGGGCAGCAGGCAGGAUUUGGUCAGCCAGCACAAAUUCAGUCAGGAUUUGGCCAACCAGCACAAGUUGGAGUUGCGCAACAGUCAGGAUUUGGGCAGCCUGCACAAAUUGGGACAGCACAGCAGUCAGGAUUUGGGCAGCCUGCACAAUUUGGUGCUCAGCAAGCACUUGGAUCUGUCCUGGGUUCUUUUGGACAAUCACGCCAAUUGGGAAGUUUCGGUGCUGGGGGAUUUGGUGGAUUCGCUAGUGCCUCUGCUUCCGGGGGCUUUUCUAGCAAUUCUGGAUUUGCUGGUGGUGCAACAGGCGGUGGCUUUUCUGCAGCUGCUGCUCCUGCUGGCGGAGGAUUUGCUGCUGCUGCUACUGGUGGAGGGUUUGCUGCUCUUGCCUCCAAAGGUGGGGGUUUUGCGGCUGCGGCUUCAUCUGGUGGCGGCUUUGGAGGUGCAGCCCAGGGAAGUGGCUUCAGCAGUGGUGGAUUUGGAGCUUUUGGUGGUAAUCAAGGGUCUGGCUUCUCGGCAUUUGCUGGGAGUGGCUCUGCUGGAUCUGGAGGACCCCCAGCGAAUCUUUUGACACAGAUGAGAAAAUAACAGAGUUGUUUCCAGGUAUCCUAGUUCUUCAUUCCUUUCGGCUGCAGUGGCCCUUAUGCAUGCACCAAAAAUUGUUCUUCGUGCAUUAGCUGUAGCUAUUGUGGAACUCCCAGCACCUGGUAAGUUCAACCUCGAUAUUUGUACAUCGAACACAGUGGCUAAUAUGGAACUGACUGACGAACAUUUUUGGACCCCCUAUUUCUUUCAACAAGAGAUAGAUGAGCAGUGCGCAUGCAUGAUCAGAAUUCUAAGUUAAUACAAAUAUUCUAUCAUCCUGGUACCGGUAUGCUAAGUUGGUAUUUGGCUAA